UGCAGGAACUGUGAUUGAUAACAAAAUUUGUCAUCCUGGGAACUAUGACUUUUACAUGUGUGCACAUGCUGGAAUGAUAGGUACUAGUAGGCCUACACAUUAUCAUGUUCUGUUAGAUGAGAUUGGGUUUUCAGCUGAUGAUCUGCAGGAACUUGUGUACUCAUUAUCAUACGUGUAUCAGAGGAGCACCACUGCCAUAUCUGUUGUUGCUCCAAUCUGCUAUGCUCGCUUGGCUGCUUCUCAGAUGGGGCAGUUUAUGAAAUUUGAGGAAAGAUCGGAGACAGCUUCUAGUCAUAGUGGUGCUCCCCCUGUCCCUCAGUUGCCUAUAUUGAAUGAUAAUGUUUCUAGCUCUAUGUUCUUUUGCUGAGGAAAUCCUAAUGCUCCUUUAGAAAGGAAACAGGGAUGAACUUUUAUGCUGUUUAGUUGAUUAUUGCACAUUUUGCUCUUGUGUUUACAUGUGUUUAAUCUUUUACUAUUCGUCUAUUAUAAUCAACUACUUGCACACAUUUUGA